CUUAUCCUUUCAACAUGUUUUAAUAAAUUGUGUAUGGCAAAUCGAUUAUAAAAACUGCUGUUUAUAAUCUGUUUCCAAUGUUUCAAUGAGAAGCCGAUUUCGAUGCACUGUAAAAUUGAAACCGUUUUGCUUCUAUCGAAGUGUACAGUGAAGUAAUUAAAUAACCCCUUUUAAGUGUAAAUUUAAAAGUGUUCUUUCAAUCUCUAAAAGUUUGGUGUAAUUUGUUGUGCAUAAAAGUGGUGUAAGAUGCUGGCCUGACAGGAUCUGAACUUCUAGAAGACCAGUGAUCAAUUCUGAUAACACAAAAGAUAUCAGGAUGUUUCAGAAACAGACAUUCGGUGCAAGCACUUCUGCUUUUGGUACAUCAACAACGCCAUCUUUCGGUAGUUUCAAGCCAACAACUGGUACUAAUGCUUUCGGCGCUCCUCCUGCCUUUGGGGCUACGGCUGCCCCACAACCUGCUGCCGGCGGAGGUCUAUUUGGCUCUACCAAUACUACGGGGGGUCUAUUCGGCAGUUCUCCAGCAGCCACUUCCACCCCGGCCUUUGGUGCAACAACAGGAGCCUUCGGGUUUGGAGCCAGUACAUCUACUGGAGGCUUAUUCAGUAACAACCAGUCCACCGGCUUAUUCGGAAAUACACAGAAUACGUCUGCCUUUGGAGCUAAGCCUGCAGGUUUUGGUUUCGGUAAUACAUCGACUUCGGGUACAACUGGCACGGGUCUGUUUGGUUCAACUCCAUCAACAAGUACCGGGUUGUUUGGUCAACAGAAUACAACCCUAGGCGGUGGUGGUCUGUUCAACAAUACUGCUAGUGCAUUUGGACAACAGCAAGCUCCGACUGGUACAGGACAUGUGAAAUAUAAUCCGGUUGUGGGUACAGAUAUGGUUGUCAAAUCUGGUACAUCGCAAAAUGUUAAUAUAAAACAUCACUGCAUCACUUGUAUGAAGGAAUAUGAAGGUAAAUCUUUAGAAGAACUCCGGCUGGAGGACUACACGGCAGGACGGAAGGGAGCCUCCGCUGGAAUGUUCUCCAGCUUCCAACAACCGGCUGAGAAUAAACCAUUGUUUGGUGGAUCCACAUUUGGUCAACCAGCUACAAGUAGCGCCCCCCUGUUCGGUGGCGGUACUUUGGGAACAACUGGAUUUGGACAAACAAGUACGUUUGCGUUUGGUGGAAAUACACAAAAUCAAACAACAUCGACGGGUUUGUUUGGUAAUAAACCUGCGUUUGGAGCUACCAGUACUGCGGGUACAGGUAUAUUUGGUACGUCAACUACACAAGCACCAACCUUCGGUACAACGACACCCAGUUUUGGUGCAUUUGGCGCGACCACGCAGAACCAACAAAGCACCGGUUUAUUUGGCAAGCCAGCGACUACUGGCUUCGGCACGACGCCUGCCAGUACUGGUUUCGGAGGCUUCGGAGGAGGACUGUUUACUGCCAAGCCGCAGCAGACUACUGCACCUACUUUCGGCACUUCUGCGCCCUCUGCUUUCGGCAACUUGUCAACCGGUUUCGGGACGAAUACCUCUACUGCCGGUUUCUUCAGCAACUUUGGCAAACCGAAUACUACGCCGAUGUUGGGUGGACAGACACAGAACACUGGAUUUGCGGCUGGGGUGGGCGUGGGCACGCUGGGCACGUCGUUCGCAGCCAAGCCAGCUGCGCCAGCGUUCGGCAAUCUGGGCACUGGCUCGCUGUUCUCGCAGCCACAGCAAAAUAAUACAUUCAGGACUGGUCUAGAUAGUGGUCUGGGGAACAGCAUGUUCGGUACAACGCCCUCGCUCGGUACUGGAUUGUCGCUUGGAGGAUUUAAUGCUAAUACUACGCCUACGCUCGGUGGGGGCAGUGCGGCCGCUAGCGGAGUACACGAGCAGAUACUGGCUCUAGCAGCUAGACCUUACGGUGACUCCCCGCUUUUUAAAGACCUCCUGCCUGAUGUUGGUGCGUCAGCAGAAGAAGCAUUAAAACCGACGAAUCCCGCGGCGCUGAAGGCGGCGCUCGACUCCGCGUACAAAGUCGCCUCGCCCACCUCCGGCCGCCUCAGAGUCAUGCCGAGACCUGUUAUAUCACAUGAUAAGAAAUCAUUAUUCGAUGGCUUAGAAGAAUCUGAUCCUAGUUUGGAAGAUAAAUUGUCUUUGAAACCGAGUCGUAAAAGGUUAAUAUUACGACCAAAUUCUACCAGAAAUGAUGUCAGAGAUGCUGGAAAUACAAUAGACAGUGUUAAUAGGUCAUUAGAAGAUUCCCGUGCGGAGAUGAGUGACACACGCGACGCUCACGACGGCCCGCCCUCAACCUCAGAACAUAGGAAUGAUGUUAACAAUUCCGAUGUCAAUAUUGAUAAACAUACUAAUUGGCUCAGUGGAAGUAGAGUAUCUUGGGCUGAGAAAGAAAAACCAGCUGAUGGCGCUGAAACUCCAAGAUUGUAUCCCAACUUAGAUAAAGAGAUGCCAGAAGUAUCGGAAAGGCGUGCCAGUUGGUUGACAACAAAACCAUUACGUAAACCAUUGGCUUCUAAUUCCGAUGCUGCGGAGAAUUCUGUGCGAGAGUUGGCUGUGCGGCCGCAAGCUUCACUGGACAAAGAAAAUGUUGAUUCUAGCUCUGUAUCGGAAGAAGAGGUAAUAGAACAGGAGACGGCGCCUCAUCCCGCGGGAAUAAAACUCCAACGGCCGGGAUAUUAUACUAUACCUUCGUUAGAAGAAUUAAAAGAUUACAUUCGCGCCGAUGGCUCCUGUAUUGUACCUAAUUUUACAAUCGGACGGAAGAAUUACGGCAAAGUCUUCUAUGAUUGUGAAAUGGACGUCGCUAAUUUAGAUUUGGAUACGUUGGUGCACUUUUUGAACAAGGAAGUGAUAAUCUACCCGGAGGACGGCGACAAGCCGGCGGUGGGCGAGGCGUUGAACCGCAGAGCUGUGGUUACGUUGGACCGCGUGUGGCCGCGGGACAAGACGCAGCGGCGCUUGAUUGUUGAACCUGAUAGACUGCUACAAAUGGAUUACGAAGGGAAAUUAAGACGCGCCUGUGAGAAACAUGAGACAAAGUUCAUAGAGUAUAGACCGCAGACUGGAAGUUGGGUGUUCCAAGUGGAACACUUCAGUAAAUACGGAUUAACGGACUCUGAUGAAGAAGACGAUAUCUCCCCGGAUGUGCUGAAGCGACAGCUGAUGAAGCAAGCCCUGCAGAAGACAGCUGCUGCACCAAAACAGCCAGUACCAGUGCAACCGACAGGACUUGGGGGUCUAGGGGGCCUUGGAGGUUUGGGCCUGGGGGGCGUUGGGGGUCUGACCACCCUGCCUGGUACAAGUUCCAGUGAAGAUAUGUUUAUGCAACGAUCUUCUUUGGAUUUACUGAAUGGAACUGAAAAAGUGUUCGAAAUGGAUACGACAGAGGACUGUACUGAAGCUCCGUCGUUAUAUCCGGAUAGUUUAGCUUUCGGUGUGAAAAGUCCUACAAGUGAGUUAGCAAAGCUUGAACACCGCGGCAGCCAUAAUGUGCAGUUAAUGAAGGCAUCGUUAUACGCUGAUAUUGGUGAUGUAGAUGAUGAGAUGUCUGAGAGCACAGAAGACCAACUGGUUCCUCUCGGGGGUGGUCUGGUGAUGAGCCUGCCUUCCGUCACCCAGCCGCGGGAGGAGCUGACCAUCAUCAGUCAGCCGGCUGUAGUUACUGAAGAAGCAAUAAUGAAACCUCUGAUUGUUAGACCGCAGAGUGUUGUAUUGAAAUACCACAGGAAGAUACCUCCAUUUAAGAAUACUAUUGCAGGUCGUCUAGACGCGUCCUGUCUAGCUGACCUGUCAGUCAGUCGGGCACGUCAUUCCCGUGUCGGGUUUGGACCACGGAAUACCCUGGCGUUUGUCACCACGUACGAUGCUGUCUCUACCCUGCCUAAAUUGACGGAAUGGUCAGAUUUGGGUAACUAUAUGCUGGGACGUGGUGAUAACGAUUGGAGCGAGUCUGUAGUAACUAGACUGGCGAUUGGCAGAGAAUCUUCAUAUACAGAGGAGGCGUUGCCGCGACAAAUGGAGAGUUUGCUAGAGCUCAGUCGCGCGGUGGACGCGGAGGAGGGCGGAUGUCCGCGUCUCGAGCUCUCCACGCAGCCGGAGGCGAGACGGAGACUGUUGGCUAAAUUCUUGGAACACGCGAAGUGUGAAGUUGGCAAUACAUACAAUCUGCAAGUUUGGAAGUUAUGUGACGCUCUUUGGGGAGCUGAUUUAGAUAAUGGCGGUGUCCCCGGUACUGAUGUCGCUUCAAUAGUAAACAGAUAUAAGCAGUUUAUAAAUUGGCUGCAAGAAGCAGCAGCUGAUGUAACUCAGCAGGAAUUGAAGAUACCUGUCACUCCUGAUCCUUUAGACGUAAUCGACGGUCACAGCGUGCGUGUAUGGACGCUAGUGGUGGGCGGGCGCGUGGCGGAGGCGUGUGCACUGGCAAGACAGCACGGCGACUUGCAUAUGGCAAUGAUACUGGCACAAGCGACUGGUGAUCAUACAUACCGUAAACUGAUAAAAAAACAGUUAGAUUUAUGGCGCGAGUGCGGCGCGGAGCAGCUCAUAGCGAGUCACAGACUGCACACGCUGCGGCUACUGGCUGGCGUGAGGCCGCGAGGACAGUUGGAGCUACUGGACUGGAUUAGAGCGUUACAUGUUACCGCUAAAUACCUCUGCCCUCAAGUACCGCAGCUGGAGCAAAUCAUCAGAACAUACGAGGGUUACUUCAGCAAUUCUGAUGAGGAGGUGGAUCUCGCCAAUAUGGAGUUGGACGAGAUGGGCUUGGCGGUGCCCCAGCCGCCGUAUACUGAGGAAUAUGAAAUCACCUUCGAUGAGAACAACAGCCGCCGUCCACUAGACUUGAGGUACGAGUUGGUGCGAGCGCGCGCGUUGUGUCGCCGGCCGCGGCUCAGCCCCCACAAUUAUACUGCGAACCCAAUGGAUUAUAGUCUCAGUUUCCUACUGGGCUCCUGGCUAGGUCAUCCCAGUACGGAGAGUAUAACAGGCGUGGCCGAACAGUUGGAAGCUAGAGGAUAUUGGCAGCUAGCUAUACAAGCGCUAGCUUAUUUGCAAAAUACUACUAUGCGCGGUCAUCUAAUCCGUGGUGUGUUAUCACGGAAUGCGCCAAUCAGACGAGGUGAUGAAGAACCCGAGUUAAGUUUGCUGGAGAAAAUGAGGAUACCAAAGGAAUGGAUAUUGUUAGCUCAAGCUGAUAGAGCUAAAUAUGAGCAUCAACCAAAAUUAGAAGUGGAGUAUUUAGUUGGCGCGGGUCAGUGGAAUGCGGCGCAUCGAGUGUUGGUCGACCAACUGCUCGCUGAUUGCGUAUUAUCAGAUGAUAUUGAAAGCAUUCGUAAUGUACUAGUGAAGAUGAGCGAAGCCGCGCAACGUCACGAGGUGAGCGGCUGGGAGUGCGGCGGGAAGGCGCUCUACCACUACAUGCAUGUUUGUGAUGAGGUGCGCGGCGUGGUGAGCCUGGCAGAGGGCGCGCGGGGCGGAGCGCCGGGCGGCGCGCCGGGCGGGGCGCUGCACACCCGCCUCGAGGCGCUGCGCCCCACGCUCGCCGCCGCCUGCCUCGCGCUGGAGAAACUCACACCUAAGGACGGCAGGCAGGCGGCGGCGCGUGCGGAAAUGGGAGGUCGGUUGGUACAACUCGCUCUCGCCGGAGGUCAGCCGCCGAGACAUCUCGCUGCGUUGUUACGUGCAUUACAUUUACCCCCUGAUUGUACUGUGCAGGCGCAUUAUAAGAUCACAACGGAAUUGGCGGAACAAGCUUCAGAAUUAUGUAUCGAUACUCCGAUUUCGUCGCAACGGAGUCCAACUUCCGCACGUUGUUAGAA